CCACUGCUCUGUCGCGGUUUGGUCUCUGGUGCGCUCUCUCCGCCAUCGCCCUCAUUCCUGGCAAACCCAUGAUUUCGCAACCACAGCCUGGGGUUGAUACUACAGGUAUCACUCCUCAGGGGCCUGUGCACUUCGUUGGCACUGUUCGACAUGCUGGCCCGUCGCUCUCGGCCAAGACCGAUUAUUUGGCAUACUUCAACCUCAAAUCGGCGUAUGAUCGACAUGUGCGGCCAUUCAUGCCCGAUUACCAAGGCUCGGCACCGGCCAAGAUCCUCGAGCCGUCAUAUUUGCCAUAUAUCGCGGACGUAUCGGGGAACCGGACAAUCACCAAGGACGAGCACAAGACUCUGUUCCAUAUCCUCUGCCAACCACCACGCGGAGACCCCGUCCCGAUCUCGGUGCUGGACCAUGAUGUGAUCGACUCGGCGUUCGCCCUUCGGCCUGGAGAUAUCCCCGGGUUUGACAAGACAGAGCUGUUCGGCGCACUCGACGUCAGCCGCUUGGAAGACACCCAGCCGGGCGCACAACCGUCCGACUCCAAUCGGGGAACCGACCGACCGACACAGCCCAAGGUCCCUGAAAAGUUCAUCAUCAAGCUUAACGCCCCAACAGGUCCGCCGCUGGAUGGCGGUCACGAAGAUUCGUCAGAGAAGAAGAAAAAGAAGAAGAAGAAGAAGCGAGAGCAUCACGAUGGAGACGGCGAUGAUGCUGAUGGCGGCGAAAAGAAGCACAAGAAAAAGAAAAAGAAGCACAAGGAGGGCCAUUCAUCACAUCACGUCGAUGAGGCCGCUCCCACCGAUGUUGAGGGAGAAUCAAAGACCGUGGCAUCGGGAUAGACACGGGCGGCUGGGUACUCUGGAUAUCGGCUGUGCUGCAUGUGCCGGGCAUCGGACCAACGCGGCCCGAACCUGUUUGCGAUGUGUUGGGCAUACCUGUUUUUUUUUUUUCGAUCAAAC